AUGCCAAAGGUUGCUAUUAUUAUUUACACUUUAUACGGCCAUGUUGCUAAGUUAGCUGAAGCUGAGAAGAGAGGUGUUGAGGCUGCUGGUGGUCAAGCCGAUAUCUUCCAAGUCCCAGAAACUCUAACCCCAGAAGUCGUCAAGGCCUUGGGUGGUGCUCCAAAACCAGACUACCCAAUUGCCGAUCGUGAAACUUUAACUGAAUAUGACGCUUUCUUAUUUGGUAUCCCAACUAGAUUCGGUAAUUUCCCAGCCCAAUGGAAAGCCUUCUGGGACAGAACCGGUGGCUUAUGGGCUAAGGGUGCUUUGCACGGCAAAGUUGCUGGUGCCUUUGUUUCUACAGGUACCGGUGGUGGUAACGAAGCCACCAUUAUGAACUCUUUGUCAACCUUGGCUCACCAUGGUAUCAUCUACGUUCCAUUAGGUUACAAAAACGCCUUUGCUGAAUUAACUAACUUAGAUGAAGUCCAUGGUGGUUCUCCAUGGGGUGCUGGUACCAUUGCUGGUGCUGAUGGUUCUAGAAACCCAUCUGAAUUAGAAUUAAGAAUGCACGAAAUUCAAGGUAAAACCUUCUACGAAACCGUUCAAAAGUUCUAA